GCACUUAAUUUUCUCGUUUUAGGGUUCUAAAUUCAACAAAAUAGACAUAAACAUCAAUCAACUGUCAUGUCAUAUAUUCAAAAUAACGUGGCAAUGUUUUUGCAAAGUGUAUUUAAUUUUAUUUUAUUUCUUUCUACUUCUUGUGGUUAGUCGGGAAACCGGUUGAGAUGAUGGGGCGGGCGGCUCAGUUAUGCAAUAGCGGCUGCAUUUUAUUAGCAAAAAGCGGCCAAGUCGGUCACCGUAUUGACCUAUGACCCUCAACAAAGCUAAGAACAAGGCGAUGGCAGGGAAGAUGAUGUUACCGCCGCGGCAGGAGGAUGGCGACGAGAAGGAGGAGUGAUGGGACGGUGAGAAGGAGGAAGAAAGUGCUCGCAGCACCCAACUGAGGAGGAAGCGCUGUGCCAAAGUGAUGUGCGCCUUUCUGCCAGUAACAAGCCAUGCUCUCCUGGACGCUCAUUGCCCUAGGGCUCAACUUCCUAGCUUGUGCUGGUGCUGAUGAGCAGAAAGCCGUCACAUUGAACAAUGUGAACAUUGAUCCAGCUCUACUUUUGGAGCACGAGAAACUGAUGAACGGCGCACGAGCGGCGAUCGAACGGAUCACCAGUCAGCGGAUGUCGCUGCUGCAGAAGAGGCAGGCAACAGCCAAUGAGACGGCGGCGGCGGCCAAGCAUGAUGACGAGGAGCAUGACGACGGCCAGUACCAUCAUCACCACGACCACGACCACGACCACGACCACGGCAAGUGGGACAUCCGGCACUCGGUGCCCGGCGAGCCCACUGUUGACUACCCCGUCCUGGCGGCCGUCCCUAGCACCACGUUCACUUGCACUGGGUUGCCACAAGGCUAUUAUGCGGAUAAAGAAGCGCGUUGCCAAGUAUUCCAUGUAUGCUCAACCCCUCCUCUCAUCAUCAAGUCGUCGUUCCUCUGUCCGAAUGGCUCAAUUUUCAGUCAAGAGCACUCAGUCUGCGAAUGGUGGAACAUGGUCAACUGUACCGGCGAGAUUCGGCGACCAGAUAUACUUCCUGAGCCAGAUAUUGCAAAUAAGAUUGAAGCAAACGACACCAGCGCCGUCAUACAAUCAUUUACAGAUGAUAAAUCUAUGAACUCCAAUCAAGAACAGAAUAAAGUGAUAGAAACCGAUCCGGGUGAUACUGUUAUGGACUUGGAUGAUAAUGGUGGAGCCGGAAUCCUAGCAAUCACGAAUGUAACUAGUCAGAACAAUAACUCCAAUAGAACAGUUUUUGUCUCAUCAAUGCUCAACGAUUCUUCCCUGUAUUAUGAAGAGAAGAAGAAAGGCAUGGUAGAAGCAGCAAAGGAAGAGAAUGCUUCAAAUGCAGCUGACAAUAAUAAAAUGCAAAUUGUACCAUCGGUUGAUGAUACAGGUUACAAUUAUGAAGGUGCAGCUCAGAAAAAUGUAAGUUUUUCCCUCGAUGACUACUCAAGCUACAACAAAUAUGACAAUAAAUCUCAAAUAACAACAUCAAACAAAGAUGAGUCAGGAUUUAGUUUGGAAAAUGUUAAAACACAGGGCUAUGUAUACGAAACUCCUAAAACUCCUCUAACAUAUCCAACAACCGUAUCUACUCUCUACACUACUUCUACACCAGAUUUUCACUUGGAUUUUGACUUGGAACCCCGAAGAUCUGACGGAGAUGAAGCUAUCACUAGUUUUGAAUCCAAAACCAAAUCUGAAUCUCUAGAUGCACCAAGAACUAAUUUGGAUAAUCAACAAAUAAACAGUAUAAAUGAAGGAUUCUUCAACGCAUUCACACCAACCACUCCUUCAACAUCAUAUGAUGUGGGCUAUGAUUACAGUCGGCCAUCUACAACUUUCAGCCCUUCCAGCCCAACACAUUCAACGUUCGGUUACAGUUAUUCUCCACCAAGUACUGCAUUCUCAUACCCGAAUGAGAUAAAGCAAUCGAAUGAUUUGAAGACACGUUAUCAAGAGGAUACACGUUAUACAACAGCAAAGUUUCCAAGUAGCACUGUUUAUCCUGAUACUUUCAAAACACAGACACCGGCUGACUUUCCAUCCACAACUCUUUCUCCUCCGACAUUUAAUCAGAGUCCUGAUACAACAUUUGGAGUUACUGAGGCGAGCCCACCCAAUUAUGAUACAACACCAAGUCCUGUUCCAGAGAAAGAAUCUAAUGCAGGAAUCUCUCAAAAUAUAUUCUCCGGAAUUGAUUCAGCUGAUAAAACAUUCAAUUUUAAUUCAUUGUCUGUUUCUAAUGAUGGGGGAAGUGGUUUAAUAGAUGUGGGGUCAUCUGUUCAAACUCCACCUACACCUCUUGCUGAUCCUUCCCAAAGUUCAAUUACAGAUUUCCCCAGUACAGGUGCAGGAGAUGCACAGUCAUUUUCUGCUGCUCCAUCCCAAAAUUCAAAUACAGAUUUCUCCAAUACAGGUACUGGUGGUGUACAGUCGACUACUACUCCACCAUUCAGAGGAUUUAGUGGAGAACCCUUUUCAAUAAAAUCGACGACAGACUUUCCCUUUGAUAACAAAGAUUUGGUCAGUCAGAUUUCACAGACCUUUGAAGACGAAAACGGUACAGUUAUCACGAGAGUAGAUUUUAAAUUUGCAUCUGAAAAUAAGACGACAAGUGAAGAAACGAACUCCUUCGAAAACAAGACAGUAACACGAGUUAUAACUUUACCUAGCUCAGAUCUGCCAUCAGAUGAUUUCCUGAACGAGCUGAAUUCUUUGAGUCAAAGUGAGUUGAGAGUGGAACCUUCAAGUAUUGAAUUCGACUCCUCAUUCAAUCCAAACUUCAUACCAAGCUCUCAAGACACCACAGAGGCCUCUCGGAAGGAGGCCUCGCCUGCUCGUUUCACAACAGCUACUCCUGUCGCUACUACUUCCAGGGAUGAAAAACAAGAGCAAACUCCUUCAAAACUAUUGAUUCCUCUCAGUAACUACCAGGAACAGGGAAGCAUUGAAACAAGCAAGAAUUCAAUUCCUAAUGUAGAAGAAUUUGGAAGCUUGGAAAGAUAUAGGGUUAAAACAAAGCCUCAAAACACAAAGUCACCAGCAUACUAUCCAAACAAGCAGGAAUACAAGAAUUUGAACAACUAUCAGAGCCAGAAUUUCCAAUCAGCACAGGUAGCAAUCACUCAAAGAACACCUACCUAUGACUUGAAAUUCAACAACGCUUUUGUAAGUCAGCCAUAUGCUUUUCAGCCAUCUGUUCCAAGAAAUUACCAACCAACACAAAAUUCACAGUACCAAAAUCAUCAACAAGAUAAUGUGAAUUUACUCAGUUACAUUCUCAGAACUAAUCUAGCUCAACAAAGUUAUUACCCUCAACAAAGUUAUUUUCCUCAACAAAAUUAUCAUUCACAACAAAACUAUCACGCUCAGCAACCUCUCUUCAAUCCUUAUUUACAAGAAGCGCGUUUACUUCUGAACAGUGGCCUGGUGAAUAACCUGGAUCUGACAAAAAUGAACUAUCUCCAUAGCAAUAACAAUAACUACAACAGUGCACAUAGCUUGAAUUCUCUUUUCACCGCUAACAAUCAAGCUCAAAGUUAUUCUGCGCCUCAACAGCAGCAUAAAUAUGAACAGAGAAGCUUCCAAGCUGAUAUCGUUCCAUCAGUCAGUUUCGACUUCGAUUCAAAUGAAGGAAUAAAAGAAUUCAAUCUUGCUGUUUCAACAGGAAUCGUCAGGAGGAAAAAAAGAUACAUUUGAAAAAUGCCAUAAAUUACUGCUCAUAUAUUUGACUGAAAAACGCUUAAUUAUUUUGCUAGAAAACAAAAAAGUAUUAUUAUAACUCAAGUUGGUUGUGUGUAUAUUCAUUGUUUUAAUAAAAAAUUAUAUGAAAA